AUGUUCUGUUGUUAUGUGGCUCUCCUUUCACUGUGGGAGAAGCAGAACCUCACAAAAUGGCAACCAACCCAGAAACUUUUUGCAAAAUGGCUGCCAGCUCAGAGACUGUUCAUAAAAUGGCUGCCAGCUCAGAGAUUGUUCACAAAAUGGCAGCCAGCCCAGAGAAGUUCCACAACACGGCCGCCGUUCCAGAGUCUCGUCCCGUCAAGGCCGCCGUUCCAGAGUUUCGUCCCGUCAAGGCCGCCGUUCCAGAGUCUCAUCAAGUCUCAGCUGAUCUUCCAGAGUCUCAUCACAUCUCACCUGAUCUUUCAGAGUCUCAUCAAGUCUCAGCUGAUCUUCCAGAGUCUCAUCACAUCUCAUCUGAUCUUCCAGAGUCUCGUCCCAUCAUGGCUGCCGUUCCAGAGUCUCAUGUCACAGCUGAUAUUCCAGAAUCUCGUCACGUCAAGCCUGCCAAGCCAGAGGCUGCUCCCUGCCAAGCCAGAGCCUGUUCAUGUCAGGGCCACCAUGCCAGAGCCUCCGGCCUUUAGGGAUGUCAGGCCACAGCCUUCAGCCAUCAUGGAUGCCACUUCAGUGUUCCAGAGCAUCGUGAAUGUUGCAUUUAAAGACAAAGUCAGUCCCAAGGCGUUCAAGGCUGGCAUCCAGCGUGGAGGACCCUCAGUUGGUGUCGGUGCAGGCUGCUGGCAUUCCAAGGGUUUCUAUGUUCCCGAGCAAUGCAGACUCUGGGCCCAUGAGAUACGCAGACUCUACACUCACUAGACAAGCAGAUUCUAUGCUCCCAAGCACCCCUGUCUCUGUACAACUAAGUAACAUGAUUUCAACGUUCUCAAGUGACACAGAGAGGGCCCCUAUUCCCAAGUCUAGCCCAGAGAGGGCCACUGUUCCCAAGUCUAGCCCUGAGAGUGCUUCUGUUUUCAAGUCUAGCUCAUAGAUGGUUUCAGUCCAUGACCACUGCCCCAUGUUUAUUUCCACUCAUGAUCCCAGUCUUGUGUCUGCUUCAGCCUUGGAACAAAGCUCAGUGUUCGUGCCAGCCCCUGACCUAAGUCUGAGGUCUUCAGUUCUUGUGCACAGUACAAAGAUGGCUUUAGUUCAUGAAUCUGCUCCUGAGUCCCACUCUAGUUCUAGAGUCUGCUCCAGAAUUCGCUGGCUGCCUGCUCCGUCGGUGCCACUGUGGCUCAUUGCACCACCCUGGCACUCUGCUCUGCCCUGGCUCCCUGCUCCACCGGCUUCGCCCUGGUUCUCUGCUCUUCUCGCUCUGCCUUGGCUCUCUGCUCCACCGGCUUUGCCUCAUUUCCUUGUUCCUCCACUUCCACAUGGACCUGGACCUCCAUCCCUCCCCCUGUUCUGCCUUCACUCCAACUCCCUCAUGGACUUUAGUCAAUUCUAUUUGAAGCAUCUGGAAGCCGCUCCUUGGUGGUGGGUUCUGUCAUGAUCUCAAGCUGGAGUGCCCGUGAGCUUCGCACUCCACUCCAGACUCUUGCCAUUUUACCCAGGACUCCAUUUCCCAUAAUCCUUUGCACAGACUCAUCAAUUACAUCACCUGUCUCUUAUCAGAUCUUAUCAUCAGUUCACAGCUGUCUCUCAUUAGAAGGACUUCAAAAGCAGCACACACACAUUCUCUGUCUUCGCUGCCUACACGUGGAUCCCCACUUUGUCACACCUCCCU